GUCUACAAAUUGGUACUUACAAAAGGGAAGUACACAAAUUUCUACCUAAACGAAAAAGAAAAAUUUAAAUUCUUAGCUGUACAUAUCAAAUUGAGCCAAUUUAAUGGGAGAAAAAUUAUAUGGUCUGUAAGCAGUUCCUCGAAAAGGCAACAAAACGGGAUUUUCAGUUGCCUGGAAGGGUUUUACACACCCCAUUGUUGUACGCCAUUUUUUUUUUUCCUUUUUCACGCACCUUUAAAAGAAUUAAAAAGCAACUGGGCGAGCUUCACAAAACUGCAACAACGACACUUUUAUGUGAAGAAGCGAAAAGGGCCAGCACAGUGUUUUUAACUUUUCGGUAUACCGCCCGUGUUGUUCCAACCAGGGAAAAAAAACACGCUCCUUGGUGGAAGCGAACGUUUGCGUCUAACUGGGAUUGUCUCUCUGCCAAACUGAUCUCAAGGGAAGCACGCACUCUAAAUAUAUGCUUGCGCACGCACGUGUGUCUACAUAUAUAAACACCCAUAUAGCCGCGCACACCGACUGGCGCUUCCCAAAAGUGGGGUGGCUCAAGAAAGGCACAACAGAUACGCUCGCUUCCAAAUGGGGAACAUAUCCAGUGGGCAGACCAGGAAGCCAUUGACGCUGCUUGAGCUAAGCACAAAGAUUGGGGAGUACCGAACGGUACAUGAGGGGGACCCUGAGAUGGUCGAAGAUCCAGACUUCCCUCAGAAGAUGAUGAACGAAGCGUUAAGCAACAACACAACGAUUGAUGGGAGCACCGUCCAAGGCACCUUCGUGUACUACCCGAACAAAAUGAAGCCCAAGAUGUGGAUAGGGAACUACAAAAUUUUGAACCCCGAAGAUAUCCUUUGCACGAAUGUGGCCGAGAAAAUCGGGAUGACCGAAGCUGAGUGGAAGAGCUACGUCCAGGCGAGGAAGAAGGAGCAGGAACAACCCAGCAAUGUCCAAAUCGUCCCCAACUUCGAUUCCUCCCCAGGAGAACACUCCAUGUCUUUAAAAGAAAUGAUGAAGAGAGGCACUAUCGCUCCUUUUUAUGUUGACGAUGGGGAAUUUCCUCCAUACGGUGGAUCCCCAUUCGCCCCUGACCCAUUUCAUGCUAAUGACAAAUAUAAAGGGGAAAAUCAUCAGGACUUGGACGAACCACCCCACAGUAACAGCUACCUUGUGAAAGAUACCGGAGCUGACGAGGAUAUAUAUUAUGACCUGAACAGCACAAGGGAAGACGAAGGGGGAAUUCUCUACAAAGGGGACAACGUAGCAACGGUUGAACAAACACAUGUGCAGAAGAAACCAAAACGGGGUGACCACACUGGGGAAGAAAUACACGAAGAGGAAAGGAGAAAAUAUAUACAGAAAUUAAACAGCGAAAUUGCCAACAUAAAUGCACACCAAGAAAGAAUAAUUAAUGAAAAGAGAAAAGAUCUUUUUGCCUACUCAAAGUCGAAUGGAAGUCAGCUGCCUCCUCCACAGAAUGGCGGAUCCUUUGGAAUGAAAAGCACACGACGUUCAUCAAAACAGGAUAUGAAAAAUAUAAUUACGGAACUUAUAAAUGAUAAUAAUAAAAUGGGUAAUUCCAAAAUGAAUUCUUUAAGGAAGAAGAAAAAGGAAGGGUACGUCGAUCUGUCCUCCAUGAGUACGAAGGGAAGUCUGGAAAUGAAGACGUCCUCUAUUGGUAGGGAUGACCCAUUGAGUAGGAGGGUACACGCCAAGGGGACCCUGGUGAAGUGA